GUUUUGCAAGGCAUGCAGGAGGCUGUGAAGGCAGCAGAUGACAAACACGAGGGCCAGGCCGGACUCGUGGGCGAGUUGCUCAAGAAGCUGUCCGAUCUCCCAGGAACCGGCACGUUGAUGAAGGAGGAGAUUUCCCAGGUCCUCAGCAACGGCGAGCGUUGCACCACGGAGCUUGUUCGAGCAGCGAACGGAACUGUCAUUGAGGAGACGACUUGGCUUUUGACAAAUGAGGGGCGGAAGGUGAAGGAGCCCUC